CUUCGUGAGCCUUUAAGACUGUCACAAUUGCUGAAUUAUAUAACUAGGGACGAUUUGGAUGAUAAACAAAGAUUCAAAUAUCCUUAUGUUGCGUGCGAAGUUCUAUCUUGUGAAAUUUGGGCUAUUUGUGAGGCCGUUAUUGACAAUGUAGAUUUGCUUAAUUCAUUUUGGCAAUUAUUGGACCGUCCCCCACCAUUAAAUCCUUUACAAGCAAGCUACUUUACAAAAGUUAAUGUGGUAUUCAUGCAAAAAAAGAUGAGUGAGAUGGUCAAAUUUAUUCAAUCAAUCCCUAAUGUUAUUAAAAAAAUGUUAACUCAUAUGGAUACUUCAGCUAUUAUGGAUUUAUUGCUUAAAUUAAUUAGUGUUGAGGAGUAUCCAGAAGGUGCUGGGGUUAUUGAUUGGUUGAAUUCUGAAGGGCUUAUUGAAGAAUUAAUUUCUCGGCUGGAUCCGAAUAUUGAUCCUGACGUACAUUCAACCGCUGCACAGGUCCUUAAUGAUAUUAUUGCUAUUUCUCAAUCAACUAAUCCUGAACAAGGUGGUAUCGGCCCUAAUGCUUUGAGUAGAGCGCUUUUCAGCGAAAAAAUAGUAACCCGACUUGUCGAUUAUAUGCUUCAUCCGGUAGCUCCAAAUUCAACUUCUACAUUAACUAAUGGAGUAAACAUAUUUAUUCAGAUAAUUCAAAAAAAUAAUAGCGACUAUAAUGAGGAGGCAAUGUUAUCUUUGGCACCUCAACAACAACAACAGCAUCAUCAUCCAGUGGUCGAUUUAAGUGAUAUGUUAAGAGUCUUAGCUAAUCGAAUCGGAGAGUUUAAAGCUUUAUUGGAUAAACCUAAAUCAGUGUCGGGUCAAAUCGAUACAACAAUAGGUAAAAUGGUACCCCUUGGAUUUGAAAGAUUCAGAAUUUGUGAACUUUUUGCAGAAUUGUUACAUUGUUCAAAUAUGAGCUUGCUUAAUACUAUUCGACAUGAUACAUCAUCUACCAAUGGAUUCUUUGAAUUAAAACAUACUUACAAUAAUUAUGAACAAGCAUCAAAUUCAAAUGGUCCUGAUGCAAAUUAUCAAGCAGAAAAAGUUGACGAAUCUUCAACCGCCAUGGAUAUUCAAGGAAUUGAAAAUUCAAAGCAAAAAGACUCGCAACAAGAAGAAGAAUUAACUACCGAACAAACCAUAAAACCUGUUUCUUCACCAAUAUUAAUGGAAAUUGUUGAAGAAGCACCAGCACCACAAUCAACAAAUUAUGAAACACAAACUAACAGUUUCAAUGGAUCAGCAUCAUCUGAACUACCAGUUGGUGAUUUAUUAAAAUCCAAAUUUGUUGAGCACAAAAUUAUUCCAACAUGUCUGGACUUAUUCUUUAAUUUUAAAUGGAAUAAUUUUCUACACACCGUGGUUUAUGACAUGAUUGCACAAAUAUUUAAUGGAAGAAUGGAUAUUGGAUAUAAUAAAGCACUAGCGAUUUCAGUUUUUACUGAUGGUCAUCUUACCAAACGUAUUACAAACGCACAAAGGCUAAACGAUAGCGAAGUUGAAGAACCCAAGGGUGUUAGAUUAGGUUAUAUGGGACAUUUAACUUUUGUCUCGGAAGAAGUAGUUAAAUUAUUAGAUCGAUAUGCAGUUGAAAUAGGAGAGAAAGUGAGAGAAUAUAUUGAGGCUGAAGAUUGGCAAGAAUAUGUAUCCAAAACAUUACGCGAGACAAGAGAUCGUGAUCGUGCGGCAUUAGGUGGUGCGCGUCCAAGUAACCACGAUAGUAUGUCUCCUAGUCGUGAAGAAAGCGAAGAUGAGGAAGAAGAAGAUGAUACCAUUGAAGCUGUCGAUGGUGGCGAUAUGGCGAGCGAUCAAUUUGCGCGGUAUUUAUGUCAACAAAUUACAAAUGACUUACCAGAUAAAUUUGGUUCAUCUGAUGAGAGCGAUGAUGAUGAUGAUGGGUGGAUGGGUGAUGAAUUUGACAAGGAUGAAUUUGAUAUGAGAGGGAAUUUCCCAAAUACUAGUAUGCUUGAGAAUGAUCCUUUUGAUAAUCGCCGCUCUUUAGGUUUAGAUGAAGAAUUAGGUGGUGAUAGUGAUGAUGAGGAUAAUCCUAGCUGGCCGCAAGAUAAUCGUAAGCCACUUCUUACCGUUGCCGAUUGGUCAGCAGAUUUUCAAUCAGGCUUUAAAGUAUCAAAUACAACACAAACUUCUGAUGAUGUAACAGCAGCUGUUACUACGAUUACAAACCCAAGUACGAGUGAGGUAUCUACAGAAGUUUCAUCCAUGAACCCAAAAUCCCCUAUCACAAAUGUUCAAGAAAUUAAUAGUUCAGUGAACAAUGUUAAGGAUGAACACGAAAACGAUUUAAAUUCAGUCACUUCACAACCAAACGUUAUUGAUAAUUCACAUGAACAAGAAUCAACAGAUACAUUGACAUUAUCAAAAUUAAAAGAUGGUGAAGAAGGAAAUAAUAUGGACUUUGCUACCUUUGACAAAAUGAGUGUUAGUGUAGAUACUAAAGAUAUUAUUGAUGAUAAUCAAAAAGAUGUACAGAAAUUAAAUGAGAAUAUUCAAGAAAAUGAUAUGAAAACAUUUUAGUUAAAAAAAAAAAUUUCACAAAAAAUUUUUUUGUUUAAUGAAUUAAGCAAAUGAUGAGAUUAGGUUUUUAAUUGACAACCUAAAAAAUUUAUUAAUUCAAAUGCAUAUUUUUUAAUCAAUCCUUUUUAUUUUUAUUCAGAAGAAGAAAUUCAAAUGAUCAAUUAUUUUAUUCAUUUCAUUAAUAUUAUAUAUAUAUUUAAAUGACAUUAUUAUUCAAAUUGUUCAAAGUCAU